ACAGCUUUUGUCCUUUUGCCACCACCUGUAUUUCAUGUCUUAAACUAAGUUUUUAUCCGUUUUCGGGGAUUUAAUGUGCAGCAGGAACGACCGACCACGCAGUGACGUCAUUAGCAACAGGUGUGUCGGAGCAGGAAUUUUGAGGGAAGUCCACCUAAUUUUCUAGCCAUGUCCUCUCCUCUUCUUCAAGCCAUGCCAGGUGUUUUUCUGCAGUGUCUCAGCACCUUGACUUUAAAUGUCAAGCACCUCAGCCGCCUGCCACGCCUCCUGGACCUCUUCCCUUAUUCCCUACCGUCACCCAGCCCCACCGUGGCGGCAUCCCAAGUCCCCAGCCUGUUUCGAGAACCCUACAUCCUGUCAGGCUACCGCCCUGUAGAGCAGGACUGGCGCUGCUACCUCCUCAGCCUCUUCCAGAGACACAAUGAGUCCUUGAACGUGUGGAUUCACCUGCUGGCAGCACCUUUGCUGCUGCUCCGCUGGUGGGCCAACAUGAGCACCUUGGGGUACACCGCGGACGUAGCCUCCUUACCUCUGUGUAUCUCCAUGGUUUCCUCUCUCACUUAUCUGUUCUUCAGCGUGGCAGCUCACCUUUUGCAGUCUCACUCUGAGCAUGCACACUACUUUUUCUUUUUUAUGGACUAUGUGGGCGUGGCUGCCUAUCAGUAUGGCUGCUCACUUGGCCAUUACUUCUACACCUCCGAGCCUGCAUGGAGAGAAACCAUCGGGAUGCUUUUCCUGCCUGGAGCCGCUUUUUUAGCGUGGCUCACCUGUGCUGGUUGUUGUUUCGCCAAGUUGAGGUACCGGAGGCCAUACCCAUUUGAGCGCAAAAUCUAUCAGCUGAUUCCUGCCACCCUGGCAUACAUGCUGGACAUCAGCCCUGUAGCUCACUUCCUGUUUACAGGUUCCUGGGCAAAGGAGCCCUCACUCCCAUUCCAUGCCCUCCAGAUAGUCUCUUUCCUUUUGUCUGCCAUCUUCUUCUCCUGUCCCAUCCCUGAGCGCUUCUUCCCAGGCUGUUGUGACUUUGUCGGUCAGGGCCACCAAAUCUUCCACCUCUUCCUGUCCUUCUGCACCCUGUGUCAGCUGGAAGCGGUGUUCUGGGACUACGCCAGGUGCAGGAACACAGUUGUACAGGUGUUUGGUGAGAGGCAGCUGUGGUGGGCCUGUGUCACCUUUCCCGCGCUCAUCUUCUGCUGCUUGUUAACAGUGUUCAUUGCAAUGAGACACGUGCGCAAACAACUAGAGGGGAAACGAGACAAAGACAUGUAAUGUGAAAGACUGGUCAAUAAUAAUUUAAUAUUUUUAGUGUCUUUUUUUUUUUAAAAUCUUUGUUUUACUUGGUGAAAAUGUUUAAUGUAUUUGCCCAAUAAAAAUGCUGACUUUUCUUUA